GUUUGAAAGCCUCCAUAAUUGUUUACACCGAGCUGUACUUUUUCCCACAUUGACAUUUUGACGACUAUUGUGGCACGCACUGAGUGGAAACUUCCUGCACGCCUCAACUCCUUUGAGAACAACAAUCCUUGCCCAAGCACAUUACCCAAAAUGUCCAAAGUCUUCUCCCUCCGCGGCCAAGCACUCAAACUCGACACCGCCGCCGACCUGCACAAACACACCCAAGCUCUAGAGGCAAGCAGCGACGUAGAGGAGAUCCACCUCGAAGGCAACACCAUCGGUGUCGAAGCCUCGCAAGCCCUCGCGCGCAUCCUCGAAACCAAGACCACCCUGCAGUACGCCAACCUCGCCGACAUCUUCACCGGCCGACUACUCGCCGAGAUCCCGCAGGCGCUCGAUGCGCUCCUCACCGCCCUGCUGAAGUGUCCCAAGUUGCACACGGUGAAUUUGAACGAUAAUGCGUUUGGCCUGAAUACUGUUGAGCCUUUGCGGCCUUUUCUCAGUCGGCAUACGCCUUUGCAGCAUUUGUUUCUCAACAAUAAUGGGUUGGGGCCUGCGGCUGGUACACUAGUUGCUGAGGCGCUGGAGCAGCUUGCUGGGAGGAAGGCGGAGGCGAGGAAGGAGGGGAAGAGUGUUCCGGAUCUCGAGACGGUGGUGUGUGGACGCAAUCGGUUGGAGACGGGCAGCAUGGCGGCUUGGGUCAAGGCAUACCAGGCGAACGACAAAGUGAAGACGGUCAAGAUGGUGCAGAAUGGGAUUCGACAGGAGGGAGUGGCGCAAUUGCUUCAGCAUGGAUUGUCGAGCUGUGUUCAACUGGAGGUGCUCGAUUUGCAGGACAACACGUUUACUGUGCUGGCUGGACAGACGUUGGCGAACGUCGUGGAGCGGUGGACGAAGUUGAAAGAGCUCGGCGUCGGCGAUUGUCUCUUGAGUGCGCGAGGAGGCAGACUAUUGGGAGAUGCAUUGGCAAAGGGCGGCAACAAGAAUCUCGAAGUGCUGAGAUUGCAGUACAAUGAAAUCGACGGCAAGGGUCUGACAGCACUCGUCACCGCGGCUUCAGGUUCUGGAUUGCCGCGACUACGCCGCGUCGAACUGGACGGCAAUACCUUCUCCGAGGAGUUGCCGGAAGUUGCACAAUUCGAGGAGAUUCUUCGCAAACGAAAGGAAGAUCAAGCGGACGAGUAUCCCGGGGUCGACGAGGACGAUGACGAGGCUUGGGGAAUCAGUGUGGAGGACAUGGAGGAUGAAGAUGAGAGCGAAGAGGAAGCUGACGAAGCUGAGGAUGAGGAAGACGAGGAGCAAGCGAAGAUUGUGAAGGAUGCGGAGAUCGCGGAGGACGAGCCUGUUGCUCAAACCAAGGACAAGGAGGUCGACGAGCUGGCGGACGUGCUGGGCAAGACGGAGCUGAAGUGAUGUGUCUUGGAGUGGGCCGACGUGUCUGUUGUUCCGUUACCUUAGCAUUGAGCGUUUGUGAUACCAGUUGUAGGAUACAGGGUAGACGGCGAGAAUUAGAAGA